AUGCGAGACCAACAGCGACGGACGCCACGUUCUGAACCGACCAGUCGCCCCAACCCCAAUUACAAGGUGUUCAAGGUAGGUUUACCAGACACGGACAUGGAAUCGGCUGACUCGCAUGGUAGUUGCGGCAACACCUUUGACCCUGACGACCUCGACAUUGACGGCGUCCGUCGACCUCACUUGGCUACAACGGAAGCUACCAUAGGAGAAGGAUUUGCUGCGCAGCGGAUUCGCAUGUCUGCGAUCGCCGAUCUAAAGGAGUUUUUAGGUCGCGAUCACGAUGAUGACCGCGCUCGAAGCUGGGUGCGAAAGGUCAAAUAA